AUGGUAACACCGCCCACGCCACCGAAGGCUUCAUGGAAGGACCCAUACUAUUCAUGGCGCGGCCACAGUCCUUUGCGACACGAAUACAAGGUCACUCGGACAUCAGAAGUGGACUCCAACACCACAGCCUCGGGCGCUUCGGCCCAUCACAACCUCUCUGUAAGCCACCUACUAGGGACCAUGUCUUCCCCAGGUUCCACUAACAGCACGUCGACCGCCGCCCAUAAUCUCCUCGACACCGAACAGGAGGACCCAGAAGAUUACGAUCCCGAGUACGCCACCUACCUUGCAGCCACCAUUCAGUCACAAGCCGAGAAGGAGGAUUUGGAAUAG